AUGGCGGGUGCACCAGCUGAAGAUCAGGCGGGCUCCGCCCCUCGACCCUCAUCUCAGUCUCAAGCCCAGACAGAUCAUCACCCACCACACCAAAUCGCACCACCACCACCACCACCACCACCACUGCAGACAACAUCACAACCUCACCUGCUGCGGCCCACUCCCGAAAAGAAGCGCCGUCGCCCGGCCCUCGCCUGUGAGCAAUGCCGCAGCCGCAAGAUCAAGUGCGACCGCAGCUCGCCCUGCGGCCACUGCACCAAGGCCCGCAUCGCCAGCUGCACCUACGCACCCACCCACAUCCCCGCCUCAAGAUCGUCUAACAAGUCGAAGCGGCCCCUGGCGUCCAAGGCCGCUAGUCCGCCGCCGCCGCGGGAUCCGGCCUCGUCCGCUGCCCCGACGCCGCAGCCGGCCCUGCCCCAGCAGCGUCUGAUAGUGCCGGCCGCCGAGGGCAGCGCAACAAGCACCACGACAAGGAUCCACGCAGAUGCCAGUGGCAUCCUGCCCGAGACGAAAAGCAGGCUAGGCGGCCUCGCCAUGGUCUUGCCGUCCAACACGUCGGCGUCGAGCGCGCCCUCCUCAAAGGCCGGCUCGGCCUCUGACACGUCCAAUGUCGACUGGCUCGUAGCCAGGGUCCAUGAACUCGAAGAGAAACUUGCCAAUGUCGUCCACAUCACCAGCAAGCACGACACGGCGCGCAAUGAGCGGCCCGAGCCCCCCUUGGGCGGUACCGUCUCCAAGACGAGGUACUUUGGCACGAGCCACUGGAUCAACGUUAUAGACUUGCUCCCCACCGAGUUCGCCAUCCUCGGUCGUGCAGAGGUCGAAAAGACUGACGUCUAUCAUGCCCUCGUCAAGUGCAAGGCCCUCGCCCGUCGCAUCAAGCAGCUGCGCUACCGCCCUCUGUCCUCCGACAAGUUGGGCAAGCAGAUCCCGCCUCGAUCUGUUGCAGACCAGCUUGUCGACAACUAUCUGCGCACCUUUGAAGGCGUCCUCCGCAUCGUUCAUGUACCGUCGUUUCGCGCCGACUACGAGCGCUACUGGCAGAAUCCCGAUGCCGCGAACGACGCCUUUGUCAUGCAGAUGCAGCUCUGCAUGGCCUUGGGCGCCGUCAUGUACGAUGACUUCUUUAGCAUGAGGGCCACGGCUGUUCAGUGGAUUCAAGAGGCCCAGCUGUGGCUCAUGCUUCCUCCCGAGAAGAGCAGGAUGACCAUUGCCGCUAUUCAAAUAGGAUGCCUUUUGGUCCUGGCCAAAUCCGUCUGUGGCGUCGGACCUGAUCUCACAUGGAUCGCGUGUGGCUCGCUCGUCCGGAAAGCCAUGUACAUGGGCUUGCAUAGGGAUCCCAGCCGCCUCGGGAAGAUGACGACGUUUCGGGCGGAGAUCCGGCGACGUCUCUGGGCCACCAUUCUGGAGCUCAAUCUCCAAAGCGCCUUUGAAUCAGGUGGCUCUCCGUUGGUAAAGCAGUCCGAAUACGACACACUCGCCCCCGCCAACAUUGACGACGAGCUUCUCGGUGAUGAGACGGACGGCGAGCGACCAAUUGAAGAGCCACCCGAGGUCCCGACCCAGACUUCGGUGCAGAUUGCAGUCUACAAAUCCCUUCCUCUCCGUCUCGAUCUCCUUAAAAAGGCCAACGACUUUGGCCGUGGCCAGUCCUACGAGGAGGUGCUUCGACUCAACUCGGAGCUAACAAAGGCCUGCCGAGAGCUCUCUCAGAGGCUGCUGUCGCUCCGAAGCAAGGCGAAAAGCCACCCGGCGGCCCAGAUUAGCACCUUUCACAUAUCCAUGGCCGAGCUGUAUUUGUACCGCUUCUUCCACGCCCUGCACCAGACGGUGAUUGCCAAGUCCUUUGACGAUCAUCGGUACUACUUCUCCCGCAGGAUGUGUCUCGACAGCGCGCUCAAGCUCAUGCACAUCUACGGCAUUUCCGGCUCGCACCCCCUGCAUCCCGCCGAGGGCUUUGCCGAAUUUCGUCGCAUCAUUACGAGUGGGUCGGGCAUGUUUCGCUACAUCCCAGUGCAAGCGCUCUUCUACAUCGGCGUCGAGCUUAUUCACCAGAAAAAGGGCCAGUCAACCAGCCUGGGCUAUCUGCCAUCUCUCGGAGACUCGGACCUCCGCUCUUGCAUGGAAAAGGCUAUGUCAUGGACCAUUGAUCGUGUGCGUUCAGGCGAGACUAACAUCAAGGUGCACUGCUUCCUUGCGGCGGCCCUGGGUCACGUCGAUGCGCUCACCGCUGGACUGGAUGAGACGUCCAUCAACGAAGUUAUUUCAUCUCGUGCGACGGACUCGGCUCUCCGGUGUCUGGAGGCUCUCAAGGAGGUGGCCGAGCGGGAGGGCGUUCCGGCCGAGGAGGAAGAGGCCGAAAUCGACAAGGUGGGAGAUGUCACGGACAUGCAGCUGGACUGGAUGGAGGACUGGGCCUGGGACAACGCAGUGGAGUUGCCAUGGCAGCAGUGGUCGCAGGGUGCCUUUGAUGGCUCGCCAGCCGUGCAACCGGACCAGUUUCUAGGUCCGUAA